AACACGAAAUAUCCAAAAUUCACGGAACUUCUUGAUAAGACACUGAUUUAAUUAUACAUAAAUAUUGAAAAAUGGUACCUUUGUAGCAUUAUUCGCGGUGAACUAACGAUAGUAACUCACAAUGAUUUCGUUUUCAUGGGCAAUCUUGAUUUUUACUGCCACGGCAGCCACAGCCUAUCAGCCGCCUAACAACUACAUCAUUGGGGGUCAAAACGCCAGCAUCGAGGCGUACCCUAGCAUUGUCCAGUUGGAGGGCUACCUGAGUUUUGAUGACGAAUGGCUGGGCUUGGGCGGCGCGACCAUCCUGACGGAGCGCUGGCUGGUUACUGCUGCUCAUUGCUUGGAUGCGGCACCGAUCCUUGGACUCGAAAAAAUGCGUGUCAUUGCCGGCACCAGCAUCCGAGGAGACGGCCAGUUCUUCCAACUCAAGUCCUACAUCGUCCAUCCAGACUACGCUAUACGCUCGCCGUUUGACGCCGAUAUAGGGCUGGUCGAACUGCUGCAGCCGCUGACCUGGUCUGAUGCAGUGCAGCCGGCGCCAAUUAAUGCCUUUGGGAAUGAGCUGCCCGAUGACUCGGCAGUUCAGGUGGUUGGGUGGGGUGAUACUGUGGGUGAAACAAUGGGCGAAAACUACGCUGACAUCCUGCAAGAGGUGACCCUAUACACGGUCAGCAACGCAGAGUGCAAAAAGGCUUACGAGGACGAAGAUAUCGUUACUGAGAACAUGCUAUGCGCAGGAAGUCGAGGAGUAGGCGAUGUAGACGCUUGUGAAGGUGACUCAGGGGGUCCCAUGUAUUUCAGGAACCAGAAUGACAUUGACAUCCUGGUUGGGGUUGUGUCGUUUGGACCUUACCCUUGCGCUAAUCCGCUCAAGCCUGGAGGCUUUACUAAGGUGUCUGCUUACACCGAUUGGAUUCUACGCAACGCUGUCUGAUGUUCCCGUGAAUAAAUAGUUGAGAUUACUGUAAUG